AUGUCGAAAUUCAGCAAGCCUGACGAUACGAAAAUCGAAGAUGCCGGUGUUGUCUACGGCCCCAUCACGAAGCGACAAAAGGUCGGCCGACACUGCAAGCGGUUCUGGUGGGCAUGGCUGGGGGGCUUCCUGCUAUUCGUGCUGGUGAUCGUUCUCAUCAUUAUCUUCGCCGCCAUUCCUGCCAUCGCCCAAAAAAAAAUCAACGACACCGAGUUGGAGCUACACUCCUUGAAGAUCCUGAACCCGACCGCCGAGUCCUUCGAGCUGUCGAUCAAUGGGUCCAUUACCGGAGCCACGGGCUCGGCCGCACACGCCCGCCUGGAGAAGAUGGACGUCAAGCUCUUCCUUGAGGGCCAAGAUCCGAUCCAGCCGUUCCUGAUCCUGCCCAUGGACGAGAUCCACGGCGGCGACGAUGUUCCGGUGGUCAAGGACAGUGUGCCGGUCGAGAUCACGGAUGCGGGCGCGCUCGACGAGUUUGCCCUCCGCCUCAUGGAUAACGACCUGCUCCGCGUGGCGAUGAGGGGCCGCACUACUAUGUGGCUCGGAAAGAUCCAUACCGAUAUCGAUUACAACGAGGUGGUCGAGAUGAAGGCUCUCAACCAGCUCAAGGGAAUGGUCAUCACCAAGUACGCCCUUGUCGCCAACAACACCGCCUACAACGUGGAGGGUGAAGUGAUGAUCCCGAACCCGAGCGUCGUGACGAUCGAGAUGGGCGACGUCAACCUCAAAAUCGGGCUCACCGGCGCGUCGAUCGGCACGGGUGUGAUCCCUAGUCUGAUCCUACGUCCGGGCAACAACACGUACCGCUUCACGGUGCUGAUCCCAGACCAGGCAAACAUCUUGAAGAUGGCCGGUGCAGCCAUCGGCGGUGGCACACUCACCAUCGGAUCAAAUGGCACCACCAUCGACGGCGUUAAGAUCCCGUGGCUAAGCAAGCCGCUCGAGAAAUUGUCCACCGAGGUGCCGAUUAAUACUAAGUACUUCGAGGAGAACUGA